AUGAAUGACCCUAAACCCUUAAGACGCUCAGGGGGGCCCCUCAACAGGGGCCCCCUAGCAGCAACUCCAGACACAGCAGCAACAGCAGCAACAAACACUUUUGGUUCUCCUGCGGAUGCCGACGACAGCCUCAACGCAGCAGCAGCAGCAGCAGCAGCAGCAGCAACGGCAGCAACAACAGCAGCAGAGAGAGCUCUCCUCUCCCCGACAGCAGCAGCAGCAGCAGCAAACCAAUUCGCCACCCCUGAAGGCGCCGCAGCUCCCCCGCUGCUGCGGCGGGAAGGUCCACUGGUAAAGCGUAUGGACCCCAGCAGCAGCAGCAGCAGCAGCAGCAGCAGCAGCAGCAGCAGCAGCAGCAGCAGGUUGUUUGGCGGCGACGGCGGCGCUGAUGCUGCAGCAGCAGCACGCCAAGGGAGCCACUGGCGCCUCUGUGUGGACCCUUUGCCCACGGGGCUGCAGCACUCUGGAGAAAGCCUACAGCAGCAGCAGCAGCAGCAGCAGCAGCAGCAGCAGCAGAUCUGGGGAGGUAGGGGCCCCUUGGAGGGCUUCGGGGGCCCAGUGGGGGGCCCCCUGAAGGGGCCCCUGCAGAAGUCUGUGCUGCUGAAGCCGACAGAAAGGGCCCUUAACUCCUGGUCUGCUGCUGCUGCUGCUGCUGCUGCUGCUGCAGGCACCAGUAGGCCGCAGCAGCAGCAGCAGGAGAGUGAAAGCGCAGCUGUUGGGGGUCUGAAGACGCUGCGGAGCCCCCCGCUGCAGCAGCAGCUGCAGCCGCUGCAGCAGCAGCUGCAGCCGCUGCAACACCCCACAAAAGCAACAGCAGCAGCAGCAGCAGCAGCAGCAGCAGCAGCGGCAGAGGGGGAAUUCAAGCCAGUCCCUCCCGAGUGUACGUGGAGCCUGCAUGUACCUUCUGCCUGCCGCUGCAGCUGCCUAGACACCCAUAGGAGCAGCAGCAGCAGCAGCAGCAGCAGCAGCAGCAGCAGCAGCAAGGUUCGAAUGGCAAGGGGCCCCGGAGGGUCUUUGCUGCUGGAGCUCCGCCGCUGCAGCAGAUGUUGGGGCUUUCCACUUGCUUGCUUCAACUAUGGUGCUGCUGCUGCUGCUGCUGCUGCUGCUGCAAAGAGGCCCAAGGGAGCUCAAGAGCAGCAGACGCACGGCGGCCACAGCUAUUAG